AAUUUUUAUUUAAAUAGAUUUUUGUAAAAUAUUACAAAUUACGUUAUUGUGCGUGUGUGUGUGUGUGUGUGUGUGUGUCAGUUACACCUCCUAGUUUUUCCGUUAUUCUUGUAACGCUAAAAUUUAUUUGUAGAUUAAAAAUUAUUUAAUACGAAUUUCUAAUUUUCUAGUUUUUCUUUAAUAAUAUGAUAUUUUUAUUAUCUCUUUUCUUAUAUCUUAAUAACUAAAACUUGUGUUAACAGCACUGCACGAUGUUAACAGCAUUGCACAAUAACGUUUUACAAAAGAGAUUGUACACUGCAAUGUCGUGUGAUGUAUGCAGUGUAUCGAUUUCGAUUACAAUUGCAACGAAUGGUUUGAAAUACAUUAUUAAUUUUUCGGUCUUUUAAUAUUUCUAUCUCAAUGAAAGAAAGACGCAUACCUCUACUGCAUUAUAUACCGCAGAUGCAUAUUCACACACAUAUAAUCUUGGCAAAAGCUGUAAUCGGUAAGAAGUUCAAACUUUGUAAGAAAUUGUGGUUCACGUACAAAGAGACACAACAAAGGGAUGCGGAAAUAUAUGAUUUCGUUAUGUUAUGUCGAUUUCGUUCGCGACUUGUCGCGUGAAUAAAAGAUCAAAGAGUAGCGCUUCGCCCUCCACAGCGUGGGUAGCAAUGUAGCUCUUGCUUGGCAUAUCUUAUGUCUUUGCUAUAAUAAAUCUGCAGUUUGUAACGUAGAGCAGAGGAAACGAAUAAACGUUAAAACGGAUGUCAAUAGCUCUUCUUGAUUCGCGCAUAACAGUUGUUCAUUUGGGCAUAAAACGGAUUUUUGAUUAAAUUAACAUUAAAUAGAAUAUAUGUGAACUUUUUACGAUUAAACCGGAUUUACGCAUCUGUGAAUGGUGUGUUUACUUGAUGUCAAGAUGCAUUUGUUAAAAAUGUCAUUGUGUUUUCAAUCUUAAUUUGAAUAACUUAGUAGCAGAGAAAGAGAUAUCAACAAUUUUCGAUAAUGAAGGAAGUAAAAGAUUGGAGUGAUGAAAUUUAUCGCACUUUAAGUGUAUACGAGAAAGUUCUUAGUGUAAUUGGAAUCUGGCCGCUGAACGCGGGAGACGUUAAAUCAAUUGUACGUUGUCUGCUAGCUAUUUUGAUCCAGAUCAGCACUAUUAGUAGCUUGUCUCUGGAAGCGUAUCGACAAUGUCUCGGCACGGAGGACAUGAUGGAGGCUUUCCUGAUGGACCUUUCAUCUGUCGUCAGUCUCUCCAAACUUCUCGUCGUCCGCCUCACCUGGAGACACACUUACUUUCUAGUCACCUCCCUCGUCGACGACUGGUCCAUAUCCAGAAACACGCGACAGCGGGAGGUGAUGAUGAAGUAUACCAACGUCGGUAGGAUUGUGUCCCUUACUAUGCUAUAUCUGGGCUAUGCGUCAGGUGUGUCGUUCCUCUUCAUGGCCGUGCCAUUUGAUAAGCUGAUACCUUGGUUAAAUGCAUCCGCACCGAAUGAGAACAGCACAGUGAUACCGACAUAUUUCUUAGCAACCUAUUGCGUCUUUGGUUCAUUACCUACAAUUGCUCACAGCUGCGUCUUGUUGCUGCAAGUGGCGCAGAUCUUCGUCAACGCCACUUCGCACUGUGGGAAUGAUGGCUUCUUCUUCGGUCUUGCGAUGCACCUAUGUGGUCAGUUUGAGGUGCUCCAAAUGGACUUCGCUGAUAUCGAAGUAGAGAAACAAGCCUGCAAGAGAAAACUGCGCAUGCUAAUUGGCAGGCACUGUCAUCUGAUAAAACUGGCUGACAGCCUCGAGUAUGCAUUUAACAUGGCUAUCUUCGCGCAAUUACUAAUGAGCGUGCUGCUGCUUUGUGUUGAAGGUAUGCAGCUAAUAAUUUCACUGAAGUUGAAUGACAAUAUCGCAGCAUUAAAACACGUUGUCUUGAUUCUAACGAUGCUAGUGCAGCUGUAUCUUUACUGUUACGCUGGCGAUCGACUGGAGAGCAUAACCGGAACGCUCGCACAUGGUGUUUAUGAGACUCCGUGGUAUGACUUCGACACGAAGAUAAUGAAGAACCUGCCGAUGGUGAUGUUUCGGGGAAAAGUGCCGCAUCAAAUAACAGCAGGGAAAUUCAUACCCAUGAAUUUAUUUUCCUACAAAGAAAUUUUAAAAGCUACAGGCUCCUACCUCUCUGUUCUCAGGGUGAUGAUAGAUACGUAAAAAUCUCUCGAUAUUGCUGAUACAAAAUUAUGAGUUUGAUUGAUGUGUUUAAUGUGACAUAUCGGUCUCUUCAAUAUCGCAUAUAUGAACAAUCCUAUAUUUAUACAGGGUGCGCGCUAGAAUCCGGACAAAUUUGAAUUUGAAUUUCCCGCUAUAUUUGAGUUCAGCAGUAGGUAACAGUUGGCUAAGGUAGGCCAGAAACGUGGGUAAGACCAUCGAAAUGGCCGAGUCGAUCAAGUCUAGCUCAGAAUAUAACAGAAAAGCGGCGAUUAUUGAAGAUCAUCGCGCUGGAAGAACGCCGAGUGAGAUAAUAAACUUCUUCGGAUACCCCAGAUCGAUGUAUGAUAUUGUUCAGAAGUACGCGGCCUCAGAGGAGAGCUCCUCCACCCCGGCGAGGAAGAUACAAGUGAGAGAGAAGGCGACACGGACUCCGGAACUCGUCCCAAGAUCUCAUUUCAGAAGAUCCAAGGACUUCACUCAGGAAAUUGGCGGCCGUCUUGAGGGUGAGCGACUCCACCGUUCGUCGGAUCGCUCAUGAGGACCUCAGGUACACGUCCUACGUCCUCAAGACCCGACAGAUGCUCUUUGCUCGAGCCAUUUGGUGCAGAACUGGCUUUCUGACAACGUGGACAUGUUCUGGUCCAAGGACCUCCUAAUAGCCCCGACCUGAACCCUCUCGAUUACUGUAAGCGUAAUCGAGAGCGUAAUCGAGAGGGUUACCAACAAAUCCAGGCACCCCAACAUGGUCUCUCUCCGGGCCGUUAUUAAGGCGGCAUUCGCGACCGUGGACAAGUCCCAAUUGAAGACGGAGUGCUCGCGCUUUAGGAGUAGAAUUGAGACGGUGAUUGAAGUAAAGAGAAACUACAUAGAAUAAAAGAGCUCUAGGAGGAUCCCUUAACUUCAAUAUAAAAACAUUUCUUCGUACCUUUAUAUUUUUUCUAUAAUAAACGACUUUUUCAUUAAAACAUUUUCAUGUCCGGAUUCUAGUGACGCACCCUGUAUAUUUAUGACAUAUCUUGCCAGACGUCUGAUCAAAGCAUACGAUCAUCAAGUUUGAAUAUCUGUACUAUGUUGUAAUGAAAUAAAUUGUAAAACGCACAAUCUUAUAAUUCGAUCAAUAUAAUAAUAUAAUACAAUAAAUGAUGCCGAAAAGCUUUGUUGUCAUAUACCGUUUCUUAACUAAGGUAUCUUUUUUCGUCAAACAAAUUUGUGAAAAAGACACUCUAAACUCUAAAGUACGCGCUAGUUAAGUUAUAUAAUAAUUACAUUAUAAUAUCUGCUAUAACAAAUUAUUAUUGAUAUUAAUGUUUAAUAUACGGCAUUUGUACAGCAUUUAUUUGUGAGAGAAUAACAUUCUCUCAUAUCACGUUUUUAUAUAAUCUUUCUUAUUACAUUUCUUUCUUCCGUACAUAAAAUUUUUCUAUUAUUUUUUACUUAUACAUAUCAAUAUGAAUCAAUAUACGAAUUUUAUCCGAGGGAAAGUAAAAAUUUCCGAGGGAUAGUCUUGCUGUUACAAUUGCACGCACAUAUGUGUAUAAUGGAUACCAGAUGAAAAAGACACGAAAAUAUAAUUAUUUUAUUAUUUCCGUUUUAUUUAUGUGAGUCAGAGAGUACAGUGAUCACCCUGUUAUUAGAAAUUAUUCGCUACUGUAAUGACACGAGGAUGCCUUCUUAACGGAAUCUUCAUCAAUAAUCAAUAUGGCGAAUUGCUUUUGCAUGUAUGAAUUAGAGACACAAGCUACUGCUGAAAUCUGUCAUUUACAAUUGGAUUACUAUAAAGAACCCUUGCUCGCGCGAUAUCAUACUGAAGUAGCUCAUGUAGAUAGACUGGGUUCCAUAAUAUUUUUCUCUCUGAGUUGCGUCUCGCUUGUGUUAUUUGCCUCCACACUUAUGCUGGCCAAUAUCAAUUUUCCGUAGACUUCCGAAAAACAGAUUUAUAAUCAAACAUAUGAGAAAAACUGAUUUUGACGGCCUAUUGCUUCUUUGGAAAAUAUAUCUCUUCUUCCGUCACUUAUUGCUUCAUCGAAGUGCUGCAGUUAUUACAAGUCUCGGUCAACUUCACCUCGCAAUGUGGACACGUCGGAUUCUUCUUUGAUCUUACGAUGCACAUGUGUGGACAGUUCAAGAUUCUUCAAAUGGAACUUGCCGAAAUGGGCAGAGACUGUCGCAACAAAUUCGACAUCCUGUUAAAGAGACAUCGUUUCCUCAUACACUUGGCAUAUCAUUUAGAAAGAGCAUUUACUCUAGUCAUUCUUGCACAACUCUUCAUAAGCAUGUUUCUCUUGUGCGUCGAAGGCGGGUUCCGUUUAAAAACUAAAUCACGCUGGCGCAGCAGAGGCGCCUACGUUUCAGAGGCGCCAGCGUUUCAGAGGCGCCAGCGUAGCUGCGCCAGCGUUUUAGACGCGCGGUGCAGAGACGCUGGGCGCCAGCGUUACUGAACGGCAGCGGCGCAGAGACGCUGGGCGCCAGCGCAGCACGAAGGCGGCGGCGCAGAGACGCGCUGCGUCAGCGUCGCUGGACGGCGACGGCAAAGACGUUGCACCACGUCGCCGGACGGCGACGGCGAAGACGUUGCACCACGUCGCCGGGCGGCGACGGGGACGACGUUGCACGACAAUAUCCAAUUCAAUAAGUUCAUUCAAGCGACGCGGUAGCGAACAAAACAAAAGUAUCGGUAUACAACACUUGUAUCCGCAAUAUCCAUAGAAAAUAAAAAACUCUUUCAGAGAUAA